AUGGUGAGGCUCGGGCCACUGGACGCCACGGCGGUCGACGACCUGGCGGGGAGCCCCGCCUUGCUGCUGGCCUUGGCGGUCGUGGCCACGGUGGCGGUGGCCGCCGUCGCCGCCUUCGGCUGCGCCGACGGGAUGAAGAAGCAGCGCCGGCAGCAGAACAACGGCGUCUACUACUACGGCCAGGGCCAGCCGCCGCCGCCUCCCGCCGGCGCGUACGGCUACCCGGCGCAGCAGCCGCCCCAGGGCUACGGCUACCCGCCGCCCCCGGGCUACGCGUACCCGCCGCAGCAGCAGCAGAAGCAGGGGCGCAGCGGCCUCGGCGCCGGGGCUGGGCUCGCGAUGGGAGGCGCGGCCGGCCUGGCCACCGGUGUCAUCGUCGGCUCGGCGCUCAGCGGCGGCGGGUGCGGCGGUGGGUGCGGCGGCGGGUGCGGAGGUGGCUGUGGCGGUUGA